AGUAUUGUGUUGGAGCGCACUAAGGUCACAGCACAGAGAGAUUGCUUCAUACAAUACCAGUCAUAUUUUCUACCUCCUAUUCAGCUGAGCAGCUUUAGGUUUAGAAGAGUGUUUGUGUUUUUUAAAUUAAAACAACAAAUUUAGAGAAACAAAAAAAGAAAUUUAAAACCAAAAAAAAAAAAAAAGAUAUUAGAUAUCUGGGAUAUUUCUUGGACUGGAUUACCUCACAUCUCUCCUACAGUGGCUGUAUCAUCCUCACCAUCAAGUCUGGGAAGCUGACUACAGAAUGGCUGCACUCCUGUGGGCGAUGGUUCUGUCUUUGUUCCUGCAGGGAUGUUUGUGCAGUGUUGGGGAGACUAACCAAGGCUGCAGGCUAUGGACUCCACAAGGACAAGAUGUUUGCUGUAACGCCUGUCAUGCUGGACACCGCCUUUUCCGUAAGUGUGGACCAAACCCGAAAGAUCUUUGUGUUCGUUGUGAGUCCGGGACAUUUACAGUGAACCCUCUAAACUACAGGUGUAGCAGGUGUACACAGUGUGUAGGGGCUCAAGUCCAUAUGCAAGACUGCACAGCCACAUCUGACACAAAGUGUGGCUGUAAAGAAGGACUCGUCUGUGGUGACGACAGCUGCUCCUACUGUGUUACAAAGUGUGACAAAGGUUACGAACCUACUAAGAAUGGUUCUUGCAGAGCAUGUCCAGAGGGAACCUUCAGCGACCAAAGUCACCAGAUGUGUAAACCCUGGAGUACCAAGUGCCCCAAUCCAAAUGAACAUAUCGUGGCCAAGGGGAAUGCCUUCACUGACAUUCAGUGUAGUGUUUCACGUAAGAGCACCACGACACCUGCUCCCGAACAACAGGGAUGGGAAGUGGGCCUGACUGUAAUCACCAUCGUAGCUCUGACGAUCUUUUGCUUCAUCGUCAUCGGCAUUGUAGCCAAGAAAAUCAUCAAGAAACGACCUAAAGAAGAAGAAGAAGAAGAAAAGCCAGUCACAAAAACACUGAUAAUCAGAACCCCUACAGAUGAUCCUCAGACUUUGAGAGCGAUUGAGUGCAGCUUUCAUGAGGCCCAGCAGGAGCAGGGCAGCAGCUCAGAGUCGCUGGCCUCCAAGGACUCCUCGGACCAGCUCAUUGUAUGAAUCGAAGGGGCCAGAGUGCCACCCUGAAGUACCUGUUAUUUGUUGAAUUAUGUGAAAGGAAACAGGAUAUCCUGGAUAAGAAGGGGUCUUUCUUUGCAAUACUGAGCCAGACUUUUAGUAGGAAGUCUUUUCUGGCUUUAAAUGAAAGAAACAGAGCACUGUGUUUACCUAUCUGCCUUUUAUCCACCCUUUUUUCCUAGAAUCGGAAUAAUGAAAGCUACUGUGAAACUCCUGAUGGGUCAGGCUAGAGAUAACAUUUAACUCUACAAUUACAGCAGGAUAUAAUUAUAGUGAUUUUAGAUUUACACAGGGGGGGGGAAGGGGAAUUCAGAGAGGGGAAAAACUAAAGUGCACUUACAAACAUCUAUUCAUCAUGUAAAUGACGACAGACAGUGAGGUUGUGUUUUUUCCCUUCAGUGAAGUGUGAAAUAUACAGUAGCUCUAGGAUAGCUUGGAAGUUUUGAAUUAUUUGGAGUUUGGCGCCAGAUAACAGUUACACAAAAUACCUCACAUUAAAACCCAAAGCCUUUUAGAAACCACUGGAAACAAUGCUUUCAAUGUAAGUGAACUUGUGACAAUGGACUGUAUAACAGAACACUGUAGCAUCUGACUGAGUGUGAACUAGUUUCACUACUCUGAUAUUUGCAUACCUGAGCGGUAAAGCUGCUGAGUGGUGCUGUGUGUGAAUAGUGCAGGUGGGCGUUCAGCUGGGUGUGGAAACUGAAAGCAGACAGGUCUUCUUAGCCCACAUAGGCCUCCCAAAAUAGAUGCUUCGUUUUACCCAGGCACCACUGACCAGCUUUGUACUGUUUACUGCUGCGUUUGUAGACUUCAGUGAGCCACACUGGACUCCGCCAGUCAUGAUUUUAUGAAGUGAAACAUUUACGAUUUAUCAGGGGAUAGUUUGUUACUUUAUGUCAGUCUUUGUUUAUUAUUUAUUAUAUCUAUAAAACACACAAGAGUUCUAAGCAAAUCAAUCAUGUUGAAUACUGCAUGGCCUCUCCCACGCUACUUAACAUUACCAAGAAAUAAGGACUUUCCUACAAUUGCUUCAUUGGUGUCAAAAAGUCCAGUAAGGGGAGUUUCCAUUUUUGUAAAUAGGUAAUCCUACAAUAUGUUAAAUACCAGGGAAUCUACAGCACAUAGUUUGCAUAUCUCCUGUACCUUUGUGUUGUUAUUAUGAGGUGAAUAUCUGGGUAAAGGUUUAAGUGCACUUACACAAGCUCAGACAUGCCUCUUGAGCAAGACUUUGGCAGCACAGUGGCUAUCCCGGGUGGAAUAUUUAUUUCAGAUGAAAUGUCAGAUGGUGUGAUUAGUCACGCAAUGUAGUGAAUCUUUGAGAUUCCCAUUACGUGCGUCAUGUGGGAAACCCUCUGGAUAAAUAUGAUAACACAGAGCACAUACCACAGGCGCACGAGGUAUCAUAAUGAGGCUUAAGGGUCAUGUGGAACUAGUCAGUCCUGUGCUGUUACAGCUUAUCAUCUUGCCCAAUGAAGUGAGCAGCUAAAGACCAAGUGGAACUUUUUUUUUUUUUUUUUUUUUAACCAAACGCAUGUCUUUUCUAAACUGUAGCAGGCGUGUAUCUUUCUUCUGAAAUGGAACAUUUGCUAAAUGUGCUGUGUGGGCUUGGGGUUAGCCCACACCUAUAGUAAUGUAUCAGUGACUGUGUAUGAGUCAUAACUCUAGCGUUGUGAUGUCUGCUAAAAGACCACAAAGUUCAUGGGUGCUGCCUUGACAAGUGUCACCACAGUACAGUCAACGUCAUGUCAUACAGUAACAUUUUCAUAUGAACGGUGGCACUUUAAAUAUCAACUGUUACCAGGUUUAUUGUAUGCACUUCUGGUUUGUGUGAUAUGUGAAUUUAUCUUUCUGCCUCACAUUUGACUAACUGCUGUAAGACUUGUAUUUAUAUCUGUCUUAAACUGUCCAUGGAUUACACUGCAGUAUGCAUUCUGUUUGUACUUUUAUAACUUUUUACACAGACAAUAAAAAUGGGGAUUUUUUAUUUUAUUUGUUGCACUUUCUUACAGAACAAUUGCAUUCAUAGUGGUCCACCUUAGCAGUGGCAUAUUUCAUUUGUAAAAAACAAAAAACAACAAAGAGUGUUUUAAAUGUGGGUAAAAUGAACAUACAAAGAGCAAAAACCUGAAAUCAAUGACUGAUUAUAUGUGCAUAAAAAUCAAAUCUUCUGUUAGAGAAACCAUUCUGUAUGAUGAAUGAUGUUAACUGGCAUCAUAAUGGUGUCUGGACUGAUAAAAACCCACCUGGCAAAAUAUACAAAAACACAAGUUGGAUAUGUACCACAUAAUUUAGGCUUAAAAAGUCCACUUACAAAUUGUUGGGAGCUUUUUAACCGCUUCUCCCAGCUAUGUGGGGAAGUCCUGAUAACAAGUGGUUGUGUGUAUGGAGAGACUUGACCUCCAUCUCAGUUCAAGGACUGUCUUUGUUUUCUGAUGUGAAUGACCGUGAGAAAGAGUUGAAACACACAAAAAGCUAAUAAGUGGAUCUUUGUUCCUCAUACUGUCUCCAAAGGAUAUAGUUACAUCUGACUAUUACAAAAAAAACUGAGCAUAAUUUCAUGAUUGCUGUGAUGUCUUUAAAAAACGGGAUUUCCAUUUCAGGGUUAAAUAAGUUCAUUUGAUUGUCAUUGUACCAUUGUGAACAUGGCUGGAGCCUUGCCAAACUGCUGUAAAGAAAAGUUGGCAAAGCGGAUGUCUGUAAGCGGCCUGUCCGAAAACAUCACUCCAGUUCAAAGGUUAUCAAAGUUACUUGUUUUUUUUUAUGCUCUUCGGUGGUGCAGUGGUUAGCAUGGUCGCCCCACAGAAAGAGGGCUCUGGGUUGGGAACCACCGGCCACUUUAGAUUUUCUACCUGACAGGCAACUUGAUUUAAAGAUGCCACUUAAAGGAAAAAACACGAGCUGGCUGGUGGUUUUGACCUAUUUUGCUGUGCGGCAUAGUGCUGACUGCUGCGUCACCACCAAAAAGCA